AGAAUAAACUUUCAUGCACCUUUUAUUGACAGAAAGUGAAGGAUUCCAUCUUUCAAGUACAGAAUCCGAUUCUGUCUUCACUAAUUGCUAUUUCAUAUAAAUAUGGCUGUAUGUCACACUGUGCCUAAAACAUUAAAAAUCACCCUACCCUUUUUCUUUCUACUUGCUCAAGACUUCUAACAUCAGAGACAUUAACUUUGCAUCAAUUUUCCACCCAUAGAGACAAUUAGAAUGGCAAAUGUGGUGGAAGUGAAGGUUGGUUUACACUGUGACGAGUGUAUCAAGAAAAUUCUUAAGGCUAUCAAGAAGAUUGAAGAUAUUGAGACGUAUAACGUGGACAAGCAGUUGAGCAAGGUGAUCGUUACAGGCAAUGUCACAACGGAAGAAGUGAUUAGAGUUCUUCAAAAGAUUGGCAAGAAUGCUACCCCCUGGGAAAAUCCUCAACCCCAACCCAAUUGCUGAAUUCACAAUUCCAGUUACCACUUAUAAAACAUAGCCUUAAAGUUUUUUUUUUCCUCAAGAAACAUAUAAAUUAAGGAGUUAUAUAUGGUAUCACGCACGAAGUAAAAUCAUAUCAUCUAUGUAGAGUUUGUUGAGGUUUAUAUUAUAUAUCUAUUCCAAUUUUGUAAUUUUCGACCUUUAUCUCCAAAUAAAGCAUCUGAUAAGAGGCAUGAAAGGAAAUAAGAAAUCCUAUUUAUUUGUAUACAGUCUAUCUGUUUAACACAGUUUAUCGUGACAAACGGAGCAACAUAAAUUGGAUAUUUGUGAUUUGUCGUAGUACUUAUCCAAAUCAUUACUAGCA